AAAAAUCUCAACCAUACAAUGAGUGAGAGGCUAUCUUUCUAUCUAUCAUCCAUAAUCUCAUCCAUUUUCUUCCCUCCAUCCAUUCAUUCAUAAAACUUCCACAUCUUCUUCAUCAACACAUUACUGUACUGCUGCUGCUGUAAUUCUAAAAGAACAAUGGCUGCUCUCUCAGUAGCCAACUCUUCUCUUCAGGUCAGAAACAAAGGAUUCUCUGAAUUCUCUGGUCUGAGAACAUCAUCAGCUGUUCCAUUUGGGAGGAAAACUAAUGAUGACUUGUUCUCUGUUAUUGCCUUACAAACCUCUGUUAUUGGAGGAGGGAAGAACAGGAGGGUAGUAGCUGAGGCAAAGUUGAAAGUGGCUAUCAAUGGAUUUGGAAGAAUUGGAAGGAACUUCUUGAGGUGUUGGCAUGGUAGAAAAGACUCACCCCUUGAUGUCAUUGCCAUCAAUGACACUGGUGGUGUCAAGCAAGCCUCCCAUCUUCUCAAAUAUGACUCCACCCUUGGCAUCUUUGAUGCUGACGUCAAGCCGGUUGGCACUGAUGGCAUCUCUGUUGAUGGAAAAGUCAUCCAAGUCGUCUCCAACCGCGACCCCAUCAACCUCCCCUGGGGAGAUCUUGGGGUUGACUUGGUCAUAGAAGGUACCGGAGUGUUUGUCGACAGAGAAGGUGCCGGGAAACACAUCCAGGCUGGAGCCAAGAAGGUGCUAAUCACCGCUCCUGGAAAAGGUGACAUCCCUACUUAUGUCGUUGGUGUGAAUGCUGAACUUUACAACCAUGAUGAACCUAUCAUCAGCAAUGCCUCUUGCACCACCAACUGCCUUGCUCCUUUUGUCAAGGUUCUUGACCAAAAAUUUGGCAUUAUCAAAGGAACAAUGACAACUACUCACUCUUACACCGGUGACCAAAGGCUUCUUGAUGCAAGCCACAGGGAUCUUAGACGUGCACGAGCUGCAGCACUCAACAUAGUUCCAACCUCAACUGGUGCUGCUAAGGCUGUGGCUCUUGUCCUCCCAAACCUUAAGGGGAAACUCAACGGCAUUGCCCUCCGUGUUCCCACACCUAACGUCUCGGUUGUAGACCUUGUUGUGCAAGUAUCCAAGAAGACAUUUGCUGAGGAAGUGAAUGCUGCAUUCAGAGAGGCUUCUGAUAAUGAACUCAAUGGCAUUCUAUCUGUCUGCGAUGAACCACUCGUGUCAGUUGACUUCCGGUGCAGUGACGUUUCAUCAACUGUUGAUGCUUCACUCACUAUGGUUAUGGGAGAUGAUAUGGUUAAGGUUAUUGCUUGGUAUGAUAAUGAAUGGGGUUACUCACAGAGGGUGGUUGAUCUUGCUGACAUUGUUGCAAACCAGUGGAAAUAAAUUUAUGAAGAAAAACAAAAGUACAUUUUUAUCUUGUUUGUAGAUUAUUGUUCCUUUUUGAAAAUUGUAAUGAGAACCAAAACAAUUUUCCACCUUGUGAAAUCUCAGUUCAAUAAAAGUUCCCUUUAUUGUCUUUA